UCUGUCUACAGUGCAACGUGCAACCGUCAACUUAAUCAAAAUUACACAAUGUAAACAUCCAUAAAAAAUAUUUUCGAAAACAUAUUCAAAAUUUUAGUAUAAAAACCAAUAUUAUAAAAUGCCUAAAAAAGAAGUUAUUCACAUACAUAUUGGCCAAGCCGGUGUUCAAAUAGCAAAUGCUUGUUGGGAACUAUAUUGCCUGGAGCACGGUAUAAGUCCUGAUGGGUUUUUGGCUUAUGCAGAUGACCAAGCGAGCUAUGGUUCAUUUUUUAACGAAAUUGGGGCUGGCAAACUUAUUCCAAGAGUUGUUAUGAUCGACUUGGAACCAACUCCCAUUGACGAAAUUAGAACUGGAACUUACAGGCAGUUAUUUAAUCCGAUGACCCUACUUACUGCCAAAGAAGAUGCUGCGAGUAAUUUUGCACGUGGAUAUUUUAGUAUCGGCAGAGAAAUGAUCGAUUUAGCUUUAAAUCGCAUUAGACUUGCAGCUGAAGAUUGUAAUUCACUUCAAGGAUUUAUUAUUGUUCGAUCAUUUGGUGGUGGCACUGGGUCAGGAUUCACAGCCCUGUUAUUAGAGGGAUUAGUAAGAGAUUACGGGAAAUUAACAAAAGUAGAAUAUGCCGUUUAUCCGGCUCCAAGGAUAUCACCAAUCAUAGUUGAGCCGUACAACGCUGUUCUCACAUCGCAUGCGUGCAUGGACACAGAAGACGUUUGUUUCAUUUUUGACAAUGAGGCUUUAUAUGACAUUUUAGCAAGGUCUUUAGAAGUGCCAAGGCCUACUUAUACAAACCUAAACAGACUUAUUGCUCAGGUGGUAUCCUGCAUGACAGCUUCUAUGAGAUUCGAAGGAUCUUUGAAUGUGGAGUUGGUAGAAUUUCGAACCAAUUUAAUACCUUACCCACGAAUACACUUUCCUCUAAUUACAUUUGCACCAUUCAUGCCUGCGUCCCGAGCUAUGCAUGAUUCAAAUUCAACGAGUCAGCUCAUAAUGUCAUGCUUUGAAUCAGCUAAUCAAAUGGUUAAAUGCGAUCCAAGUCAAGGAAAAUAUAUGUCUUGUUGUCUGCUCUUCAGGGGCGAUAUUAAUCAAAAUGACAUAAACUCGGCCAUAAAUCAAAUAAAAAGUGCUAGAACUAUAAAGUUUGUUUCAUGGUCACCUACAGGGUUCAAGAUCGGUGUAAACUAUCAACCUCCACUGACGGUACCUGGAGGAGAUUUGGGCGCCUUGCAAAGAGCUGUUGUGAUGGUAUCAAACUCCUCGGUAAUACGCGUUGCGUGGGAGCGGUUGUGCAGAAAGUACCACCUCAUGUACGCUAAACGAGCGUUUGUUCAUCACUAUGUUGGAGAGGGUAUGGAAGAAGGGGAAUUCACCAGCGCAUAUAAAAAUAUAAGAGCAUUGUCUAAUGAUUAUAAGGAAAUGGAAACAUAAGUCACAUAGUUGUUUGUAAUUAAAUCUUAAAAAAAAACUGUGUUUAAAUAAAAAACUAGAUAACU